AGGGGUUUCUGCUGCACGUUUGGUUUUAGUUGGACAUGUAAACUGUAUUUAUUGUCAUGUUUAAGACUUAAUAUUUAAUUUUUUGUCAAGAUUGGGUAAACGCAGAAAACACUGAUGAUACAUUACUCCUACAUGUUCAGACCACAAAGCUGAAAGAGCUCCCUCUAAAUUUUUACAAGUCUUGUCACUUAGCUAAAGACUGAUUCCUAGCUAACUAAAUAUCUAUAUAUAUAUAUUAGUUUUAAAAGCUGAAACAUGGCAGCGGAUAAUACACCUUGCUCGGAGUUCAUGGACUGGGAACUUGAUGCUUCGACAUCUAAUGGACUAAAACAGGAGAAGCAACUUUCUGCCUCACAAAGAAGGUACUACAGCUUCUGCAGGAGGAAGUCAUUUGCUGCCUUUGUGGCAUCCAAGAGGGAUAGCAGUCAGGAGGACGGGUCGUGGUGCUGCUGCGGUCAGACCUUCAAGGAACACUCUGCCAUUCACAAACAUGUGGCCAGGACUCAUGAUACUGAAAUACAGCAGUUCACACAGGCCACAUAUGAGCAUUUGUUAAGACAGCUGGAAGAAGAAUCAGAAACACAGCAACCAAACGAGCAUAAGGCAAAGCCGGUUGACAUUUCUGCAUGGAUACCUGAAACUGAUCACAUCUCUGAGGAGCAACUUCAAAAGGGUCCAGGCAAGGUUCUCCUCUAUUAUCGCUACUGUCAAGUGGAGGAUCCACAUGUUAUCUGUGCUUGGCAAAAAGCUUUGUGUGAGAAGCUCCAUUUAACUGGCAAGGUGAGGGUGGCGACCGAAGGCAUCAAUGGGACAGUUGGUGGCAACAACAUGGCCACUGACAUUUACAUUGACGCAAUGCGUUCACACCCUCUCUUCAAGAUGGAUAAAGAGGAUUUUAAGAUAAGUGAUGGCGGCGCAGAGUGUUUUACAGACCUGAGGGUCGGGGUCUAUAAGGAAAUUGUACCAAUGGGAGUGGAUCCUGAUGUUAUUUCAUACCAACUGGCAGGAGUUCAUCUGGAGCCGGAGGAGUUUCAUAAAGAAGUGGAGACUCUUCUGGCUAAAGGAGAUUUGUGUAAUGACACCAUCCUCCUGGACUGCCGCAAUUUUUAUGAGAGUAAAAUUGGACAGUUUACUCGGUGUCUGGCCCCAAACAUCCGUAAAUUCAGCUACUUCCCGGACUACGUUGACCAGAACCUCGAACUGUUCCGAGACAAGAAGGUCUUGAUGUACUGCACAGGAGGGAUCCGCUGUGAACGCGCCUCUGCUUACCUCCGCUCGAAAGAUGUGUGUAAAGAGGUUUACCAGCUGAAAGGUGGAAUCCACAAGUACAUGGAGCAUUACCCUGAGGGUUUCUAUCGAGGGAAACUUUUUGUGUUUGAUGAACGGUACACCAUUUCCUCCAACGGCGACGUCAUCUCAGACUGUAGGUACUGCCACUGUCCCUGGGACGAGUACAAGCUCUGUUCCACACAGUUCUGCUGUCAGCUGGUUCUGUCCUGCCCAAGCUGCAGACAGGACGGACACACUGCCUGCUGCCCCACCUGCCAAACCAAAGGACAGGCUCAGAGCGAGACACCCCCCUCUCUUCCGCAUCACAAAGAAGAGUGCGAGUGCACUGAUGGACGACCCAGAAUCCCUCAGGAUGUGUAGCGAUGCAGAAGUUACAAUUGGACAUCAGUGCUUGCAGCCACAUAAAAAUGCUACACUAGUACACAACUAGAAUUAGUGGUGCCCAGUAUAUUUUAAAGUUAUGAUAUUUUUAUAUGAAUCAAGUCAGAUUUAUUGUAUCUAAUGGGGUUAAUACUUCAUCUGUGUAACCGAUAUCACAUGAUAAAACCAUUCAUAAAUCAUCUUUUAUUGAAGAAAAUAUAAUAAUACAUGUGCAGAAUCCACAAGUUUUAUUACAAUGAAUUUUGUGAAACUCGAAUGCUUCAGUAAUGAAAUCUCCGUUCCAGAAGAUUUUGAAAUUUUGUCUGUGCGUGUGCUUGUUUGUGUAAAACUGGGAUUUUAUCUUUUAUCAGUGCUUUGGCAAUUAUUUAUGUUAAUUACAUGUUUUUUUUGUUCUAAAUUAUAAUGGUUUCACUGACAAUUUUAAAUUCAUGCUGCAUACAAACCAUGCAAUCUCAUGUUACUUAGACUGCAGGUGUUGCUUCAACUCUUUAAAACCACAAGCAGCAUCUGCGUGCCUUACUUGGGAUGACUUGAGAUAAACACGUGUCAACAUGAAACCAUGCAAAAGCAGACCAAAAGUUGAGCAUGAGGAUUUUAAUCAUUGCGCCUUCAUGAAAUAAAGAUACAGUUGUAUUAUUUUA